UUCACUCUCUUCUUCCCUUUCUCUCCUCGUCUGUUGCGUGCCAAACAUACACUCUCUCUGCGCUAAAAUUAAUAUUAGAAGAAGAAGAAGAGAAAGUUCUUCCCAAACUUCCAAGACUAGGGCUGGCUAAUUGGAAAAUCCAAAACUUUUCAUUGAGGAAAUUCGGUUUCCGAUAUGGAUAGCCGUUUAGCACUGGCGAUUUUUUUGUCGUCGUCGGUUUUGUUUGUAAUCUUGGACGCAAAAACAGUCGAUCUCUAUAAGGUUCUUGGGGUUGAGCGAAACGCAAGUCAACGCGAAAUUCAGAAAGCUUUCCACAAGCUUUCUCUUCAGUAUCAUCCAGAUAAGAACAAAAAUAAGGGAGCCCAAGAGAAGUUCGCUGAGAUAAAUAACGCAUAUGAUAUCUUAUCAGAUGAAGAAAAAAGAAAAAAUUAUGAUAUGUAUGGAGACGAGAAGGGACAGCCUGGAUUUGAAGCUGGCCAUCCUGGGGAUCAGGGCGGAUAUACUUACUUCAGGGGUGGAGGACCAGGGCAAAACCAAUAUACCUUCAGACCGGGUGAAUGGCAGAAUAUGGGUGGCCAGGGAGGUUCACGGUCAUUCUCCUUCUCCUUUGGUGGUUCUGGCGACUCAAGUUCAUUUGGUUUUGGCAUGGAUGAGAUCUUCUCAAAUCUUUUUGGAGGUAAUAUUAAAAGUGGCGGUCAGUUUGGUGGUUUUGGUGGUGGCACCCAGUCCCAAUCUGGCUCCAGAAAUCCUUCAAAGAGCAUCAGGGCCGUUAAUUCUCAAAUUUAUAAGAAAGAAAUAGUUGACCAAGGAAUGACUUGGCUUUUGUUCAUUUACACAACCUCAUCAAAAGUGAUCCAAAAUGUUGAACCUAUCAUAGAGGAGGUUGCCAAUUUUUUGGAGGGAGCCUUAAAGGUUGGAAGCAUAAACUGUCAGAUGGAACAGUCUUUAUGUAAGGACCUGGGCAUAUCCCCACAGAGAAUACCCAGCGUAUUCAUAUACUCGCUCAAAGAAAGUGAAAAGGGUUCUCUGGUGGAGUACAAUGGCGAUUGGGCUGUAAAGAGUUUGAAAUCGUUUUGCCAACAUCAUCUGCCAAGUUUCUCAAAACGAGUUGACUUGAAAAGAUUUGAAUUUCCAUCUCAAAAAUUGCCUACAGUGAUGCUUCUUUCCACCAAAAAGGACACCCCUGUAAUAUGGCGUGUCCUAAGUGGCUUAUAUCGCAAAAAAUUCAUCUUCUAUGAUGCACAGGUUCACGAGUCAUCUGAUCCUAUAGUAAAAAAGUUAGGGGUUGAUGCACUUCCAGCUGUCGUUGGUUGGUUGUCAACCGGGGAGAAACAUAUCCUCAAAACUGGGAUUAGUGUGAAAGAUUUGAAAUCUGCGGUUCAUGAUCUUAGUAUCCUACUUGAUGGUUUUGAAAAAAAGAACAAGAAAGCAUCUUCAAGCCAGAUGGGCAAAGCAAACACCAACUCAUGGGAGAAUCAGAUACCUACGUUGACAGGGUCUAACUUUGAUGCUCUAUGUGGUGAGACAACGCCAGUCUGUAUAAUUGGGGCCUUCAGAUCUUCCAGAGCAAGGGAGAAACUUGAGUCAAUUUUGAAAAUGGUAUCUCAGAAGACACUAACAAGGAGACAGAAUUCAGCCUUUGGCGCACGGGAUGCUAUUUCGUACAGCCUGUUGGAUGCCACAAAACAGCCAGCAUUCCUGACUGCACUAGACAAAUCAGGAUUUAAAUCAGUAGAUAAGCUGUUGGUGGCAUAUAAACCUCGGAAAGGGAAGUUCGCUGCAUUUGAUGGUGAAAUGAACUCGGAAGAAGUAGAGAGGUUUAUUAGUUCCGUUCUCAAUGGCGAUGUACGAUUUUCAAAGACACGCCAAAGCCCUGUCCUUAAGUGAAUGUUAGUCCCUCGAGAAUCAGAUAUGUGGCUUGUAAAUGUAUAUAGCUUCUUCCUUCUUAUGAAAUGCAAGUGAUUUAUGCCGAGUUAAGAAGAGAUAGACCCGGAAUUUAGCUCUAGAUACCACCUAUGGUCUUUAUCCCAUUGAGACUGAAGUUAAAAGGAUCGUCUGUCAUAAGGAGAAUCUGCAGAUAGAAGAAAAAUCUAGUUAUUACUAUUUGGGAGAGUGAGAAUCAUUUUGUCCCUGACUCCCAGCAAACAAAAACUUUACAACAUUUUGAUGAUGUUAUAAUUUUGAAUGUACAGAGUAGAGUGUUUAUUUCUCCUUUGACUACGUGCCCCAAGAAUUAUUAUCUUACUGAGAAGCGGGAUUGAAGAUGCGGCAAAUUUAUUUGUCAACAGUAUUUUUUCAAGAGGAAAAUUCAUGAAAAAUAUCUUGAACAUUCAAAAUAAAAAUAUUUCAACUUUU